UUGAACUUCCGGUUCCGCCUACCGUCCUCUUCCGGAUUUCUUAGCGUGACCGACGUUUCGUGUCUCUUUAGACUUAAAAAUGCGUUACGUGGCCGCUUACCUCCUCGCUACCCUGGGUGGCAACAGCAGCCCCUCUGCCAAAGAUCUCAAGAGCAUCCUGGGUAGUGUGGGAAUCGAGGCCGAUGACGAACGCUUAAAUAAAGUCAUCAGUGAGCUGAAUGGAAAGGACAUCAAUGAAGUCAUGAACUCAGGCCUCUCCAAGUUAGCCUCUGUACCAGCAGGUGGUGCUGUAGCAGCACCUGCCGCCGCUGCUGCUGCUGGUGGAGCUGCUGGAGCUGCACCUGCUGCUGCGGAAGAGAAAAAGGAAGAAAAGAAAGAAGAAUCUGAAGAGUCAGAUGAAGACAUGGGCUUCGGGCUCUUCGAAUAAUCUGCCUUUUCUUUGUUUAAAAAGCAAUAAAAAUGUAAAAGGUUUACAGAAA